AUGUGGCCGAUACUGGUUCCAGUUUUGCUGCUCUUCAACGAGACAAGUUGGCUCAACCCAAUCCUGUCCAGCAUCGACAAGGACAGGCGCCAUGAAUCGGUGCUUCUACUCCAGCAUAGCCAGCAUGGCAAUGCAUCUGGCUUGGAGAGAUUUCCCUGGCCAGUUUUCAGUUUCAACGAGCAGGUGGACUUCUAUGUGAGGGGAAGCUACAACAGCGAAAUGCUCGUCCUUAUCUGGCAAACCGGAAAUUCGGACUGGGACUUGGAUUUGUGGCAGGCUCUCGACCGAAGUCUCCUGAAUAUGAGGAAGGUGAGAGUGUUGCUAUUGAGGAAAUGGCAGGGAAUCCCAACGGCUGACGUUGCCCAAGUCGCUGAGCACCUGUGUUUCCUUCACGUCGCCGUAAUUGGACAGGAAAAUAGGAUAUAUCGACUGCAGCCCUAUGCUCCGCAACGCUGGCUGGAAGUACAUCCCACCGAUUCACCCAUCUUUAUCAAGGUUCGAAACUAUUUUGGCAGAUAUAUAGUCACUCUGCCGGAUCAAUUUCCACCCCGAUCGAUUGUGUAUCGCAAUUCGAAGACAGGCAAACUGCAAAUGACGGGCUACGUGUAUAAAUUUGUACUGGAAUUUAUCCGUAUGUAUAACUUUACAUUUCGGUGGCAAAGACCCAUUGUGCAAGGUGAGCGAAUGAAUCUGAUUCUUCUGCGGAAUAUGACCCUCAACGGCACCAUUAACAUGGCCAUCAGCCUUUGUGGCUUUGAGACUCCCAGCGAGUUGGGUGUUUUCUCGUAUAUAUACGAUAUGGAAGAUUGGUACAUAGUAGUUCCACGUGCCCGGCAAAUUUCCAUUGCGGAUGUGUAUGUGGUGAUGGUUAGCGGGAAUUUUCUAAUCGUCCUGAUUAUCUUCUACAGCAUUUUCACCAUUUUGGAUACUUGUUUUGGACCGCUUUUGCUCAAGCAGCGCAUUGAUUGGUCGAAUCUAAUGCUAAACGAACGUAUGAUAUCGGGAAUUAUGGGACAGUCGUUCAAUAUGAGGGCGAGGAACACUAUCAGCUCGAAGGUGACCAAUGCCAGUCUGUUUCUACUUGGCUUGGUUCUAAGUACCCUAUAUGCUGCCCAUCUUAAAACGCUGCUCACCAAGCGACCAACAUCGCAACAGAUCUCCAACUUUAAGCAGCUCCGGGAUUCGCCGGUAACUGUAUUUUUUGAAGAAGCCGAACGAUUUUACCUAAAAAAUGCGUUUGACCGACCCAUUAACUACAUUAAGGAUCAGCUGAAUUUCAAGGAAACCGUCGAAUAUAAUGCACUUAGAAACGGUUUGAACAAGUCGAAUGCUUUCUCCGCUUUGACAUCCGAAUGGAUGAUAGUGGCCAAGAGACAGGAGCUCUUCAAGCAACCGAUUUUCACGGUUCAGCCGGACUUACGGGUCAUCCAGAACAGUGUCCUUCUAUCACUCGUUAUGCAGUCCAACUCCAUAUACGAAGAUCAUAUCAACGACCUGAUCCAUCGGGUUCAGAGUGCCGGAAUCGUGGAAUAUUGGAAGCAGCAAACCCUGCGCGAGAUGAUCACCAUAGGAUUGAUCUCCCAGAAGGAUCCAUUUCCAUAUGUCGCUUUCAGAGAAUUCAAAGUUGGGGAUCUGCUUUGGAUUUGGAUCUUGUGGGCCAGCUUUUUGUUCCUGUCCUUCGUCAUAUUCCUGUGUGAACUUUUGGUUAAUUUCUUCAUUAGCAAACCCUAA